AUGUUCCGAAAACUAUCUGUAUCCAUUAUUCGCCAGGGAGGACGUCAUCAAUCACAAGUGGCUUCUGUGUCAUUGACAGUCCCUGGUUUGUCAUCUGAAGUGCGUCAUGACUGGACCAAAAAAGAGGUGGAAGCUAUCUUUGACCAACCAUUACUGGAGCUCAUCUACAAAGCUGCUACUGUACAUCGCAUGCAUUUUGAUCCGACCGAGGUGCAGCAAUGUACUUUGCUUUCUAUUAAGACGGGAGGCUGUACAGAAGACUGUAAGUACUGCUCCCAGUCAUCUCAUCAUAAGACAUUUGUCAAGCCUGAGCCAACGAAAAAGGUCCAAGAGGUGGUAGAAAUGGCGCGGCGAGCUAAGGCAGCAGGUAGUACACGUUUCUGCAUGGGCUCGGCAUGGCGCGAGGUGGGCAAGAAGAACGCUUUUAGACACAUUCUUGACAUGGUGCGUCAGGUCAAGGAUAUGGACCUGGAAGUGUGUUGCACACUCGGUAUGCUCACAGAAGAACAGGCUGUCCAACUCAAGGAGGCUGGGUUGUCAGCAUACAACCACAAUCUGGACACCAGUCGUGAGCACUACGCCAAGGUCAUCACAACUCGCACGUACGACGACCGUCUCAAGACCAUCGAGAACGUUCGCAAAGCCGGCAUCUCGGUCUGCUGUGGCGGCAUUUUGGGCCUCGGUGAGGAAAAGAUUGACCGGAUUGGUCUGCUACACACAUUGGCCACCAUGGAUGAGCAUCCCGAGUCUGUGCCCGUGAACGCCCUCGUGUCGGUGGAGGGCACGCCUCUUUUCGACGAGGAUAUUGCGCCCGUUACUGCGUCUGACAUGGCGCGUGUGAUUGCAACCGCACGUAUCUUGAUGCCCAAGACCAUGGUGCGGCUGAGCGCGGGACGCAUGUCUUUUACGGACUCGGAGCAGGGCAUGAUGUUCAUGGCUGGUGCCAACUCGAUCUUUAACGGCGACACGUUACUGACGACGGCCAAUCCGGCGUUUGAAAAGGACAAGAAGUUGUUCGAGAGUUUUGGACUGAAGGGCAAGCCGGCGUACCAAGCACACAAGUCCACACCUUAUAUCGUCAAGGUGAUCCACUCGGCACCUGUCGAGACUGAGGCUGUGGCCUAA